CUAACCUUCUCUGACUUAUGAAGUCUUCACUUUUUGAAAUUUUCAAACUUUCUGCAAAUGGCCACCUUUUUAAGCUCAUCUUCUCUAAGUUUCUUCUACACGGCUUCGCAAGCUCUUCCAACCAUUGUAAGUAAGUCUUUUUUACAUUCUAUUUCAGUUUAUUGAAGUAGUUCUUGAUUUCAUUUGUUUUCUUUUAGGAUUUUUUGACGGUUUCCCAUCAAUUGCUUCUAAUUAUGGUUGGCGAUUACAAGAAUUGAAUCAGCUAGCUAUUCUGUGGGUUUAUAUUCAAAACGUUGGAGAAUUUUGUUGAUUCUGUUUGUGGAAUUGAUUAUUCUAGUUCAUGAGUAUAUUAAAGAUACAAGAAGCAGAAUCGUAACGCGGUAUAACAAGACACCUAUUUAUUAAUAUCUAGUGUAAGGAUGCAGUGUAGUAGGGUUCUUCAGUUGGAAGAAGGUAAAGAGAUUGUAGUUACAAGCAGCCGGACCGGGCUUACUAAGGCGUUUCCUUACAAGUUGCUUCUCUUGCUAGGUUUUUUUCUAGCUUUUACUGUUGUUUUAUUCUUCAUUAGUGUAUCCACCAUCAAGUAUUAUGGAAUCAAUAGUGUAGUGACUUCAGUCACUUCUAGUUUUGUGCCUUGCCACGAGAAAAUAAAUGAUCUUGAUAAAUGGAUCAAACCUCUUGUGGUUCUCAUGCAUAAUAUGAGCGAUGAAGAGCUUCUUUGGGGUGCAUCUUUCAUGCCUCGGAGGAAAGAGUACCCGUUUAAUCGGGUCCCUAAAAUCGCGUUUAUGUUCUUGACAAUGGGUCCUUUGCCUCUUGCACCGCUUUGGGAGAGGUUAUUAAAGGGUCAUGAGAAGCUUUACUCAGUUUAUAUCCAUUCACCUGUAUCUUCUUCAGCUAAGUUUCCAGCUUCCUCUGUUUUCUACCGUAGGCAUAUACCAAGUCAGGUUGCAGAAUGGGGAAGAAUGACAAUGUGCGAUGCAGAGAGGCGGCUUCUUGCAAAUGCGCUACUCGAUAUCUCAAACGAAUGGUUUGUUCUCCUCUCCGAGUCAUGCAUUCCCCUAUUCAACUUCACAACUAUCUACACGUACAUGACCAAAUCAGAGCAUAGCUUUAUGGGUUCAUUUGAUGAUCCUGGUGCAUAUGGCAGAGGCCGCUACCACGGCAACAUGGCCCCUGAAGUUUUCAUAGACCAAUGGAGAAAAGGGUCUCAAUGGUUUGAGAUUAACCGGGAGCUUGCGGUUUCCAUUGUCAAAGAUACAUUAUAUUACCCUAAAUUCAAAGAGUUUUGUCAACCUGCUUGUUAUGUGGACGAGCAUUAUUUCCCAACAAUGUUGACAAUUGAGAAACCGGCCGCCUUGGCUAACCGAAGUGUGACUUGGGUCGACUGGUCGAGAGGUGGUGCCCACCCAGCUACAUUUGGAGCACAAGACAUCAAUGAGGAGUUCUUUGCCAGAAUUCUCAAAGGUGACAACUGCACUUACAAUGGUGGCUACACAUCCAUGUGUUAUCUCUUUGCUAGAAAGUUUUCUCCUAGUGCUUUGGAGCCUUUGGUUCAAAUUGCACCCAAACUUUUGAGUUCUUGAGUAGGUAACGUCACUAAGAAAACUCAUGAAUUUAACAUAGAUAUCAUAUAAAUGUAUGUGGAGUUGGGGUUAAUUGGCUAUUAAGGUGAGAUUGAAUAGUUAGUUUUGGUGGGAGGAGAGACUAUUAAAUUUCCACGUGUAUGAUCUUGGCAGGUUAUAAAAUCUCACUUAGUUGCUCUCUUUUUGUAUUUUCAACUAGAUUUUAAAACCCGCGGUAUACCGCGGGGACAAUUUAUUUUUUUAAAAGUUAAUAUAUAUAAAAGUUUGCAAAUUGUAUCUAUGUAUAAAAUAUUUUUAUUUUAUAGUUUACAAUUGUUAUUAAGUAACGUCCUGCCAAACCCAUCCCGCCAAUCCGUCCCGUAAAAAAACCUAUUUAUUUUGUUAAUGUUGAUCUUAUUUAUGAUAUGUUUAUGAAUCAUUGUUUAAACAUUUUGUAAUUUUGUAGUAAUUAACUGUUAUCAAAUAUCUCUACGGUUUGAUGCUUAUAAUCGAAUUAUUAUAGUCAUGAAAAAAGCAAUUUAAAAAAUAAUAAUUUUG